UGAAUUGUUUCAGGAUGGAGGAGACAGUGCGAUCGCUGCUGCAAUACAAGAGCCGCGUGGAAACUCUGAAGCAGGAGAAGGCGUCUUUAUCAUCGGCACUAGAGGCGUCGGCGGCCCACUAUCAGAGCCAGCUGUCCGCGCUAGGCACUGAGAACGACCGGCUGCGCAGCCAACUGUCCACAUUAUCCGCUGGGCUGGGCGCGGGCGACCACGAGCGCAGGCUCGACGAUGUCGCGCAGCAAGUUGUGCGAGCGCUUCUCUCGCAGAAGAGCGUGCGCGAAGAGCUGGGAUGUGCGCGCGCCCGUAUCCGCGAGCUGGAGGCACAGAACCGCGCGCUGAGCGCCCUGCUCGUGCGGCAGCUGCGGCCGCAGCCGAGGCCCUCGCCCGCCACGCCGCACACGCCUCUAACGCCUCAUACACCUCGAGAUCUACAAGUGCACUUGGUAGACGUUGGCUCCUGCGGGUCUCUGGUAUCGUUCCGAGACUCCCCGCCGCCAGCGCCGCCCGUGCCUCACCCGCACCCCCUCAGCCACGACGACAAGCGGCGCCACCAGAUAUUGGCUGACAUCUGGACUGAAUUGAAGGGCCUGGAGGUGACCCCAGCGAACCUGGCCCGUGCGCUGUCCGCCGUGGACCCCACGCUGUGGGCGCCCCCCGCCAGACCCCACACGCUCAGCCUCAGCAUGCCGCAACCUUGCACCGACUCCGCUAGAGGAGCCAGUGGAGAAAAAGUAACGGAAGAGGAAAGCGGUGAGGUUGGCGAGGCUGGUGCCGAGUCUCCAGAGAGUGGAGCUAAAGACGAGGGUUACUCCACCAUGUCCAGCGAUGUACAAGCCGACGCCUCGCGGCAAAGCGACCACGCGGCUGACAGAGCCCUGCCUGACCUCAACGAGGCUUCUGACGAAACCGACAACCAAACCAUCGUCUCCAUCAACCCUAGAGAAUCUCGAAGACAUGCAAGACUCCUAGCCACGGAUGCAGAUUACAUCUACUUCCCAAUAGGAGUCGCGUUCGCUGGCGUCAGGGGCAGCUAUCCUCCCUCGCGACCAGUGCUACCUUUCCAGCACGUAGUGCGAAGUUUCUCAGAUUCUCAUUUAUGCUUAAAGUUAAUCGCUGGAACUACUUGUCCCACCAGCUGCUUAGACACUCCAACGCCUAGCUCUGGUGUAUUAGUACUAGAUCUGAAACCUGCCCCCGAAAGACCACUGAGGCGAGCAGCCAUUGCUUCAACAACGAGCUCAGAAAGGGUCUCAUGGGGCAGCACGCUAGAUGACCGCGCUGAUGGGUCCCAAUAUGACGCUGACUAUGUCCAACACUGGCUAGAAUUAGACGAUGCAAGAUCGGCCCUACAGCAGCGACAUAGAGAUCUAGCAGAUUUGGAAUAUGAUAGAGCUGAACUAGAAGAUUGGAGCUUAUCACUAUCUUGUGAAGAUCUCAGGGACAGGCAGUCCCCCUUUGCAGAAAUUACUACGCCAGGCCAAAUAUCUCUAUCAACACUACCCAGCAUCAGGGAAGAUGAUGCACUAGAAUUAGAGGAAGAUGUCGGUGAUUGUCUUUGGAAUGAUUGUGGAUUUGCAACUAUAGAAAUAGACGAGUGCAGAAUAGCAGAUGACGCUGAUACAUCGGAGAAAAGAUGGGAUUGCACAGGUACACACUCACCCGGCGGCUCAUGGUCGAGUGCAUCCGACGCGCCUGAUAAAAGAUCGAGUACUGCUCUGAGUGAAGACGGUGACUGUGCCAACGUUGGCUUAGAUUUCACGAGAGAUUUCUACCGACUCGUUAAAUACGAAAGCACAAAGAGCUUAGCAUCAAAUUCGUCCAGGGGUAUUCCAGCACAGGAUUCAAGUAAUCAUUUAAGAAUCCACGAUGUGCAAGCAAUGGCUCUGCAAGAUAGGGAGGUGGCUUUGCAAAACGUGCUGCAUUUCAUCGCUGAGCAGCAGAAGUAUUGUAGGGAUAGGGAAGAAUCAGAUUCGAUGUCGUCCCGACCUCUGUCAGAAAUCAGAGAGUUACCACCUCCAUAUGCCGCGGCCGAUUUUGACGACGACUCAGUGGGUCCUCGCAGUGAAGUGUCAGAAGACAGACAGCGGCCUGACUCCUUCGGCAGCUUCUCUGAAAACGAUUCUUGUGACGUCCUACACGGCGACCGACCACGGGUCGCCUUCUGUGAUACUGUAUCCGAGCCACGGUCCACACCGAGAUUCAUCGAACGCGAAGACCCUUACGCUGAAUCCGAAGAUUUCUUUGACGAAUUUUCUAGAGUUGAAAACGCAGAGAACGAAAUAGAUGAAAGGCAUCUCAUAAAAGUCCAAAGGAAAAAUGAAAUAAAUAAAAGCAUUGAUGUGAUCGAAGCUGUCGAGGUUGAAGACCAGCCUUUCGUCGUGAAGGAGGAGAGGCCGAGUGAUAUCGAAUCUAGUCGAAGUUUAGACCACAACUCAGCGCUGAAGGAGAACACUGUGAAUAUAAUGUUGAAUAAACAAUCGCCGCUUGAGAGGGAGGUGGAGCCUUGCAUAACCAAAUCGUCCAGCUUUCCGUAUGCCAGUAAUGAGGAGAUGUCCUUAGUGGAGGAAGUCCUGAGUGCUUGUCGACGGAGUACGGGGGCUUUAGUUCCUGUACCUGAGGAGGAGGAGGGAUCGUCCCCUGAGAGUGGUUCCCCGCAAAUGACUGAAUCUAAUACGACUAGCACGUCUACUGCUGAAACUGUGAUAGUAAGUAAUAAGAACGAUGUUAGAGAGGGGAAAUUGAGGGAGAGGAGCAGGAUUCCAACGCUUAUGGGAGGGAAGAGGCCUCCAUCUUCUCCGAGUAGGAAUAGGUCGAAGAUCCCCGUGGUAGACCGGAGCAAGGCCGGGACUGCACAAGCGUCUGCCCCGGAACCGAUUAUUGUGAAGCAAGAACACACGCUGAGUUUCCAUGAGGCUGCUACUUCGAAAGAUGUGAUUGAGGAACUGAAUAGGAUGAUACGUCAAAGUGAGGGCGCGACGAGCACGGCAGAGGAGAGGGACAAACCUCACUCACACAAGGACGGCGCGCUGUGGGCACCGACAGGAUGGGUGCAUGUUGAAAAAGAUAUUGAUUUCAGCGAUCCUAAGGCCCGAGCGAAUCUCCUGGACGUGAUGCUAGCGUCCAGCGAUUCCUCUCCAUCAUCAUGUGGGUCCUCGCCUGCCGAGCCUCCCCCGCCCUACUCCAGGCUACAUCGUCUACACAGGUCCAGGAGACAAAAGACAGCGGCGGCGCUGCGCGUGCGCGGGCCGGGCGGGCCGUGCGGCGGCGGCGCGCUGGGCGGGCCGGCCGGGCCGCGCGCUCGCUGCCGCCGCCCCUCCAUCCUCGGCCGCGAGGGCUUCUUCGUCCGCUACGGCGAGCCGGAGCGCGCCGCCGUCGCUACCUUCGACUUCCUCGACGACUUCUCCGGCGGAUCCUCCCCGGAGGCCCCCAAAGACUGUACCUAA